AUGUACGCCUAUGCACAGCAGUCCAAACAACAAACCAUCAAGGAGCUGGCUUAUUGUACGGUCAGUUGGUCCCAAACUUGUAAAUCAUACAUUAUGCGAAUUUAAGACGUCCGUGCAUGAUAUCUGGAUUGAAAUUUCUGAAGACUUUGACAGCCCCCAUAAUCGAACAGUUCGUGGGGCGUAUGCGGUAGCUGGCGGGGGAGGAGGAUACCAAGGUCCACCACCGGGAAGAGGUGGUGGAGGAGGCUACGCUGCAGUCAAUCCACGACCUGCAAAGAUCAUUGUUCCACGACCAAGUUUUCAAGGAAGUUGUUCCGGUUGCUGCAAUCCUGGACCUCCUGGACCCGCUGGGCCACCAGGAAAACCAGGCAGGCAUGGAAAACCAGGAGCUCCGGGGCGAUCGGGAGUGUCCGGAAAGGCUGGAGCUGCUCCUUGUGAGCCCAUCACCCCACCGCCUUGUCAGCCGUGUCCGCGAGGACCUCCUGGACCACCUGGACCAUUAGGACAACCUGGGCCUCAAGGUGGACCCGGGCAGCAAGGAUAUCAAGCAGGACCACUCCCGCCGGGCCCGCCAGGACCACCAGGAACACCAGGAUUGUCUGGAAAUCCGGGUAUGCCAGGAAAUCCGGGACAACCUGGACAACCUGGGCCGAAUAUGACCACCGGAGCGGCUGCGCCUGGUCCGAUGGGUCCACCCGGAGCAAUGGGACGCCCAGGGGAGAAUGGAGUUAACGCUAGCAGUGGAAUUGGUGCACCUGGACCAAAGGGACGUCCAGGACCGAGUGGGAAACCAGGAAACGAUGGAAAUCCAGGUGCACCGGGGCAAUCAGGUAAAUCUGGUGGUCAAGGAGAAAAAGGAAUCUGUCCAAAAUAUUGCGCCAUCGAUGGAGGAAUCUUCUUUGAGGAUGGAACACGUCGUCGCUAG